UUGCAGCUGGAAAAUGCUGGUGGAGACCUUAAGGAUGGCCACCACACCUACGAAGGAGCUGUAGUCAUCCUGGAUGCUGGCGCUCAGUAUGGGAAAGUCAUAGACCGAAGGGUGAGGGAGCUGUUCGUGCAGUCGGAAAUCUUCCCCUUGGAGACACCGGCAUUCGCCAUCAAAGAGCAAGGAUUCCGUGCUGUCAUCAUCUCUGGAGGACCGAAUUCCGUGUAUGCAGAAGAUGCGCCCUGGUUUGACCCCGCGAUAUUCACUAUUGGCAAACCUGUUCUCGGAAUUUGCUAUGGCAUGCAGAUGAUGAAUAAAGUAUUUGGAGGUACGGUUCACAAAAAAACUGUUAGAGAAGACGGAGUCUUCAGCAUUAGUGUGGAUAACACCUGUUCGUUGUUCAGGGGCCUUCAGAAGGAAGAAAUCGUUUUGCUUACACAUGGAGAUAGUGUAGACAAAGUAGCCGAUGGAUUCAAGGUUGUGGCACGUUCUGGGAACAUUGUAGCAGGUAUAGCAAAUGAAACUAAAAAAUUAUAUGGAGUACAGUUCCAUCCUGAAGUUGGCCUUACAGAAAAUGGGAAAGUAAUACUGAAGAACUUCCUCUAUGACAUAACAGGGUGCAGUGGGACCUUCACCGUGCAGAACAGGGAGCUUGAGUGCAUUCGAGAGAUCAAAGACAGAGUAGGCACAUCAAAAGUUUUGGUGUUACUCAGUGGUGGAGUAGACUCAACGGUUUGUACAGCUUUGCUGAAUCGUGCUUUGAACCAAGAUCAAGUUAUUGCUGUGCACAUUGACAAUGGCUUCAUGAGAAAACGAGAAAGCCAGUCUGUAGAAGAAGCCCUCAAAAAGCUUGGCAUUCAGGUCAAAGUAAUAAAUGCUGCUCAUUCUUUCUACAAUGGAACAACAACUCUGCCAAUAUCAGAUGAAGACAGAACCCCACGGAAAAGGAUUAGCAAAACGUUAAAUAUGACUACAAGUCCCGAGGAGAAAAGAAAAAUCAUUGGGGAUACUUUCGUUAAGGUCGCCAAUGAAGUAAUUGGAGAAAUGAACCUGAAACCAGAGGAAGUUUUUCUUGCCCAGGGCACCUUGCGGCCUGAUCUCAUUGAAAGUGCAUCCCUUGUGGCCAGUGGCAAAGCCGAACUCAUCAAAACCCAUCACAACGACACAGAGCUUAUCAGAAAGUUGAGAGAAGAGGGAAAAGUAAUAGAGCCUCUGAAAGACUUUCAUAAAGAUGAAGUGAGGACUUUAGGCAGAGAGCUGGGACUUCCAGAGGAGUUAGUUUCCAGACAUCCAUUUCCAGGUCCUGGCCUGGCAAUCAGAGUAAUCUGUGCCGAAGAACCUUAUAUUUGUAAGGACUUUCCCGAAACCAACAAUAUUUUGAAAAUCGUAGCUGAUUUUUCUGCAAGUGUUAAAAAGCCACAUACUUUGCUACAGAGAGUCAAAGCCUGUACAACAGAAGAGGAUCAGGAGAAGCUGAUGCAGAUUACCAGCCUGCAUUCCCUGAAUGCCUUCCUGCUGCCAAUUAAAACCGUGGGUGUGCAGGGUGACUGUCGUUCCUACAGCUACGUGUGUGGGAUCUCCAGUAAAGACCAGAUUGACUGGGAGUCUCUUAUUUUCCUGGCCAGGCUCAUCCCUCGCAUGUGCCACAACAUCUUCAGAGUUGUCUAUGUAUUUGGUCCCCCCGUGAAGGAACCCCCCACAGAUGUUACUCCUACAUUCUUGACGACGGGGGUGCUCAGCACUUUACGCCAAGCUGACUUUGAAGCCCAUAAGAUCCUCAGGGAAUCGGGGUAUGCUGGGAAAAUCAGCCAGAUGCCGGUGAUUUUGACACCAUUACAUUUUGAUCGGGACCCCCUUCAGAAGCAGCCUUCAUGCCAGAGAUCUGUGGUUAUUCGCACCUUCAUCACCAGUGACUUCAUGACCGGUGUACCUGCAACGCCUGGCAGUGAGAUCCCCGUGGAGGUGGUGUUUAAGAUGGUCGCUGAGAUUAAGAAGAUUCCUGGUAUUUCUCGAGUUAUGUAUGACUUAACGUCCAAGCCCCCAGGGACUACUGAGUGGGAGUAAUAAACUUCUUGUUCUUUAAAGUGCUGUGUGCAGUUCAAGUUGAUUAGAAACCAUUCCCAGUAUUGACAUGUAGUACUGUGACCAGAGGUACCGGAGCUGCUACAUCACAUCUGAGUUCUGUACGGGAAAAAUCUGCUGCUUAAGAGCUAAACUGGGGAUGACUGAAGGGGACUUGAGUUGGACGGGGAAAUAAUCAGGGCACCAUUGCCUACGCUCAGACGGACAGUCCUGCUUCUGCCUGUCCCUUGCUUGUUCUGUAUGUAUAGACUCGCUGUGGAUGUCUCUGUCCUACGAAGCUGUGUGAAGGUGGGUGAGUUUGGGAGUAUAACGGGCUUCUGUCCCCUUACCAGAUCUAGAGCUGUUAGAGACACCCCUUAUUCACCAGUGUGACGUAGUGUGUGUACCUUUCAGAGAAUCUGAGUUUCCUGUAAGUAAGCUUAUUCCUCCAAAGGGUGGGGAAGGUGAGGAUCAGAUAAUGGUCUAGUUGAGCUGUCCGGGCUAUUUCUGCAGGAUGCUGGCGCUAUGAAACGAGCCACUUUAUGCUGGACAAAGCACCAGGAAUUUGUUGAAGUAUUUUAGAAUUUUAUGAUCUCACAGCCAUGGGGGGAGAAACUUUGAGUGGUCUCAGGUUAAAAUGUUUUCAGGUCAUGUUCCACCUAGGUGCCACGUUGUUCACAGUUAACUUGUUCGUUAGUAAGGUUGUUAACUUGUUCGUUAGUAAGGUGCCCCCACAGCCGCACAGAGAAAGGUUCUUCUCUGUCCCCAGAAGUGAGAGACCGUCUCCGUGGUGUCUCUGGUGGAGCAUGUGUGAGGUUCAGUCUCUCGUUUGGCUGGUCAGAGGAGAAGCUCUGAGUUUGCAGAAGCCGUCUCACAUGCCCACAGCUUACAAUGGAAGUGGUAAAGUGCUUAUCGAAUCUAAUAAAGAGUUCUCAAAUGAACUACUACAUCUAAUUCAUAGAUAUGUCACCCACUGCUACCAAGACCCUGACCCGUCUUGGUCCAUGCAGGGUAUUUGCCAAGCCUUGUAAUCCCCUCUGCUAGCUGCAAAACGGGACACAAGGACAGACGGACUCCCUGCCAUACCACCAGUUCCUAACAGAUCAUUGCCGACAUUCGUAUGUUGUUGUUGUCGUCAGCUGCUGUCGAGUCAGUUCUGACUCAUA